AUGCCACCAAAAUCUACUAGAACACGUAGGCGUGGUGUCAGGGUUGAUGUAGAGGCAGAUGGAGAUCUGAUAGUAACGAAUCUUGAUCAAGUAGAGAUGUCGGACCGACCAAUCCGACCUAAAUUACAACAAACUGCUGAUUUCUGGGAAAAAACACAGUCAAACCACCAAAAUCUUCUAGAACACGUGGGCGUGGUGGUAGGGUUUGAUGAAGAGGCAGAGAAAGCUCUGACAUUAACGAAUCAUGAUCAAGCAGAAAUGUCCGACCGAUCAAUCAAACCAAAAUUACAACCUUUUGCAGAUCAUCCUGAUUGCGAUGCUAAAGAACCAACUUUAAUAUUAGACAAAUGUCCUACAGAUUCUGAUUCACCAAACGUAUAUAUUACUCCCAGAAACAGCAGUAUGUAUGUACAUAGACACGGUAACAUGACAUUAGAGUGUGCAUUUCUAUCGCUUACUAGCAUUACCAGUUCAAAAUGGAUCAAGCAUGGAAAAAAUGGACAAACAGUUUUAAAUAAAACAACUCAUCCAGAUAAAUUUAGUGUUAGUCUUUCUGAAGCUUCUCGCAACUUAUUGGUUUUUAAAUCUGACUUUAUACUUGAUGACGCAGGUACUUAUCAGUGCAUAGUUUCUAAUGAGAAUGGAGAAAAUGAUGAUAAUGUAACCGUACUCAUAUAUGAAGAAAUCCCUAACCCUCAAGUUACAAGUGAACUAUACCCGCUAAAUCUUGGUGAAGACGUACAUAUGGAGUGCAUGAUUGACGUAUAUCCAGAGGUAACGGAUGUUUGGUGGACGAAAGACGACGGAAUAAUAGAUAUAACAGAUAGUCAGUACCGCGGAUCUACUCCACAAGAACCAUCAGUACACAUAUCAACGACUACUACAGACGAUAUUGGAUAUUACAGAUGCUGUGCAAACAAUUCCAUAAGUUUCAACUGCAGUAAUUAUAUUAUACUUGGAUUUCUAUUUCACAACCAAUCUGACAAAAACAUUACAUUUGGGGAAAGAAUUACCAUCGACUGUGCCGUAGAGUCCUAUCCACCGAUUACUAAUUCAACAGAAAUAACUUGGUCAUUAAAUGGAAGCUGUGUUAAUACUAAAAACAUAAUAAAAUAUACUCAGCCAACACUCACUAGCCUGACCAUCAAAAAUGCCACGUUUGGUGACCAAGGGGAGUACACAUGUGAUGUUGAGAAAGAUUUGAUUAACGGGACCAGUGGUGGAUUUUGGCUUAAUGUAAAUGGAGAUGUAAAGCGAUGUCCUCAAAGAGGGGAUUAA